AUGUCUCGCCACGAACUCCUCUCCCCCGAAGGACUCCGCAUAGAUGGCCGACGCUGGAAUGAGCUCCGACGUUUUGAAGCACGUCUGUCAACCACCACAGCCGCCGAUGGAUCAUCCUACGUCGAGUGGGGUAAUACAAAAAUUAUUUGUAAUGUAGGCGGACCAAAUGAGCCUAAGACUGGGGCGAACAGGAAUCAGGAUAGGGCUACAGUCACAGUAGAAGUCUGUUUUGCUGCGUUCAGUGGGAACGAGAGAAAGAAAAGAGCCAAAGGUGACCGACGAGUACAGGAGAUGCAGACCGCUUUGCAGAGAACGUUUGCAGAAGCGAUUCUAACAAACCUUCACCCGAGAUCCGAGAUCUUAAUUACUCUCCACAUACUAUCCCAGGACGGCUCUGUCCUCGCCACGUGCAUCAAUGCUUGCACACUUGCCCUGAUCGAUGCUGGCAUUCCAAUGAGUGACUAUGUAGUGGCGUGCACAGCUGGCUCCCAUUCAGUUCGCAGUGGCACCAACGUUGAAGUAGAAGGAGAAGAUCCACUAUUGGAUAUGAAUAACAUCGAGGAAAGCGAUCUUCCAGGAGUUACGAUUGCGACAAUCGGAAACUCGGAGAAAAUCACCUUGUUGCAACUCGAGACGAAGGUUAGGCUGGAAAGACUGGAGGGUAUGAUGGCUGUUGCGCUGGAUGGAUGCGGGAAACUGAAGGAGGUUAUGGAUGAUAUUGUCAGAACCCAUGGUAAUGAGAUGGCAAGGAGAGGGGCACUAUAG